ACAUAUACGUUAUCGCACGACGCUGCGCCUGCUGUGUGAAUACAUAUAUAUUAUAAUAUAGACAUCUUUUUUGUCCGAUACCGUAUGUAACCGGUACGUGAGUACCGGCGUGUGAAAAAAUAUCUCAUUAUGUUGUUUAAUUAGUCAAAUAGUAAAAAAUGUGUCGUAUUUUUCAUUAAUAAGUGCGCGAGUCGCUUCAUAAUAUAUUGUUGUAUUUCACUCAAUUUUUCAUAUGGCUCUAAUUGGUCAACGAUAAUUAGUUUUCUUAUUAUAUUAUAGCUCGUGUGCGAAUCACAACCAUUUUGUAUACAGUGCGCCUGAAUCACCACUAAUGACUGUAUUUUUCUAUAAUUAUUUUUAUUAUUAUUCUACUAUAGGAUAACACCAGCUGGCUAUUCUGUGAACCACAAAUUGUAUGUCCACCGUCAUAUAUUGUAUAUAAUAUUAUAUGCUUUAUAUCGGAUCAAAUAUGACGUCAGUAAUAAAAUGUGUAAUUGUACUUUUUUUUGCGGCUGUCACAGCCGGAAUGGAUACGAUUCCAGAAGACGAAAAGCAUUCAGAAAUUACCAAUUCGAGUAUAAUGGCAAUUAAACCGUGGGAAUCUACACAUCGCUUAUCCCCGUACGUUCGCCCACAGCAGUACUUCAUUAAUUUGUACCCAAAUCUUCAACAAGGUUCAUUUGUUGGUUCAGUUAAUAUAACAAUAAUAUUGGAUACUGCUCAAAGUUACAUUAAGCUACAUUCAAAAGAAUUGAAUAUCACAGAAACUAAACUCAAUUCCAGUUCUGUAACAGCGUUUUCAUAUCCAGAAAAUGAUUUUUUGGUAGUGGUGCCUAAUGAAGAACUGAGUGCUGGGGAAUACAAAUUACAAAUAUCGUUUGAAGGUAGUUUAUUAGAAAAACCAUUAGGAUUUUAUCGAAGCAGUUAUAAUGAUACAAAGAGCCACAAACAACAUUAUAUUGCUAGUUCAAAGUUUGAACCAACUUAUGCGCGGUUAGCGUUUCCAUGCUUUGAUGAGCCUCAAUUGAAAUCAAAAUUUAAAAUUAGUUUAACUCGACCAUCUGGUAAUAACUAUAUAGCAUUAUCCAAUAUGAACCAAGAGUCUGAAGAAAUCAAUGUCCCUACAAAUGGACUGACAACUGUCCAUUUUGCUAACACUGUCCCAAUGUCUACGUAUCUGGCUUGUUUUAUUGUGUGUGAUUUUCAAUCACUUGAACCUGUAAAAGCAGAUCAAGGAUUUCCGUUGACAGUUUAUGCCAAAAGUGGUCAAACCGAAAAUAUGAAAUACGCUCAACAAGUAGGAAUCAAGGCAAUCAAUUAUUAUGUAAAUUAUUUUGGCAUUCAAUACCAAUUACCAAAAUUGGAUCUGAUACCAAUCCCGGAUUUUAUUUCUGGAGCAAUGGAAAAUUGGGGUCUUGUGACAUUUCGUGAAACUAGAGUUUUGUAUAAUGAAAGUAAUAGUUCUAUUGAUGACCAAGAGGCAAUCGCUUUUAUUAUUGCUCAUGAAUUGGCUCAUAUGUGGUUUGGAAAUCUUGUUACUAUGAAAUGGUGGAACGACUUAUGGCUUAACGAAGGGUUUGCCACUUACAUGAAGUUUAAAGCUUCGCAAGUUGUCCACCCUGAUUGGGAUGUUGACACGUCAUUUCUAAUUCAUAGUCUCCAUUCUGUACAAGAUGAAGAUAGUAAACUUCAUUCUCAAGCUAUAGUGCCAGAUGUUACUAAACUCCAAAGAAUAUCCACUAUGUUUAAUAGCAUAUCAUAUUCUAAGGGUUCUUCUGUAUUACGAAUGUUAGAAGGAAUAUUGGGUAAAGAAGUCUUCAGAAUUGGUGUGAGCGCAUAUUUAAAACGUUUUGCAUUUAACAAUGCUGAAACUGAUGAUUUAUGGACAGAAUUACAAACGGUGGCUCCAAAUACAGUCAAUGUUAAAAAGGUUAUGGACACGUGGACACGUCAAGCAGGGUUCCCGGUAGUAUCGGCAAUACGGAAUGGAACUAAACUUACUUUAAAGCAGCAAAGAUUUUUGUCUGACCCAAAUACUAAUUCUUCAAUUGACCCAUCUCCAUAUGAUUACAAAUGGGAAAUACCAAUCACUUAUACCACUUCAACCAAUAAUACAUUACAUGAGAUUUGGUUAUCCAAAGAUGAGGAUUCAUUUACUAUUGACAUACCUGAUUCUGAAUGGAUAAAACUAAAUCACAGACAAGUUGGAUAUUACAUCAUAAACUAUUCUGAAAGAGAUUGGUGUUUACUUAACAAUUUAUUAGAGAAAAAUGUUGAUGCAUUAAGUGCGGCUGACCGUUCAAAUCUUCUUUAUGAUGCCUUUAGUUUGGCAAAAGCUAAUUACUUACCAUAUGCCAUUGCGUUAAACACGACAAAAUAUUUAUCUUUGGAACAUCAUUAUGUCCCGUGGGAAGUAGCUUAUACAAACUUACAGACAUUAAGUGAACAUUUAUAUCAACGUCCGGCACAUAAAAAUCUUGAAAGAUAUAUACAACAUUUAUUGGAAAGUAUAACAGAAGAUUUUUGGAACGAUUCAAGUGAUCGAAACUUAUUACAACGUAAGCUUCGAGCAGUAAUUUUCAAAUUAGGAUGUUCAUAUGGUUUACCUAGAUGUCACACAAAAGCAUAUGAAUUAUUCAAACGAUUUUUGGAUGAUAAAAUACAACCACAUAAAGAUAUUAGGUACACAGUUUAUUACUAUGGAAUGUCUAUGGGAAAUGAUAGUGAAUGGAAUAGAUUGUGGGACAUAUUCUUAAAUGAACAAGACCCUGAGGAAAAAGAAAAACUUAGGGAUGCAUUGACAGCCUCAAAAGAAACAUUAAUAUUAACUAGACUAUUGCAACUUGCAAGAAAUGAGAGCCAUGUUAGUUCCCGAGAUUAUUUCAAAAUCAUAUCACAGAUAAACCUUAAUUCUAUUGGAAAUCAAUUCGUAUGGGACUUUUUGAGGGAUAAUUGGAAGUCCUUGGUUGAUCGUUAUUCUCGUGAUAAUUGGCAACUUAGAAGACUCAUUCCUUUAGUUUGUUCUCGUUUCAAUACACAAGCACGUAUUGGAGAAAUGAACAUAUUUUUUGAUAAACAUCCAGUACCUGUAGAUGAAGAUGACGAACGAAAAAUUGCACUAGAAUCCGUAUCUGAUAACAUUAAAUGGUUAGAAAAACACGAAGCUGUUAUUAGUAAUUGGUUUAUUAAUGUCAUCUAAUUUUAAAAAUUCAUCAAUUUGACUGUCAAUAUUUGAAUAAAUUAAAUAAAUAUAAUUUAACGUGCAAUAAUGAUUCUUUAUCUAAUUUUAUAUUUCUUUCAUUAUAUUAUUAUUAUUUUAUAUACAAUAUUAUUAUAGGUUAGAAAAAGUUAUUGGAAUCGUGAAUAUGUGAUUUAGGAGGCCACAUAUUGUGUUGUACGUAAAAAUAUUUUAAAUUCUGAGUGGGGUGAUAAAUAUUUUGAUAUACCAAUGAUAUUAUGUGUUUUUUUAUUUCCCAAAUGAAAUAACUUGUUCUAAUCAUUCAUUAAAUUUUUUUUUUUUAUAUAAUAUAAUGACUUGAAAUAUCGUAUUUAGGAUUUUUUCAUGAGGGGAAGGGAGAUGUAUUUCUCUAUAAUCCAAUUUAUGGUUGCUGCAUUAUACUUCGUAUAACGAAAAUUUCACUGUGCAUUAUUAAUAUAUUGCAAUUUUAUUGUUGAAAUUUUAUUUUGAAAUAUCAAUAGUUUAAUUUAUAGGGCAGCUGGAUUUUUUUAUACUACAAUGUUAAUUUUAAUUUUUAUAUAUUGUUACUAGUUGUUUAUUCCGCUUAUUAAUUAUUUGUGUUUUAACAAUAAAAUUGCAAUACAUAUAUUAAUAAUGUGCAGUGAAAUUUUCGUUAUACGAAGUUAAUGCAGCAACCAUGAAUUUGAUUAUAAAGAAAUACAUCUCCCUUCCCCUCAUGAAAAAAUCCUAAAUACGAUAUUUCAAGUCAUUAUAUUAUAUAAAAAAAAAAAUUUAAUGAAUGAUUAGAACAAGUUAUUUCAUUUGGGAAAUAAAAAAACACAUAUCAUUGGUAUAUCAAAAUAUUUAUCACCCCACUCAGAAUUUAAAAUAUUUUUACGUACAACGCAAUAUGUGGACUCCUAAAUCACAUAUUCACGAUUCCAAUUACUUUUUCUACCUUAUAAUAAUAUUGUAUAUAAAAUAAUGAUAAUAUAAUGAAAGACAUAUAAAAUUAGAUACAGAAUCAUUAUUGCAUGUUAAAUUAUAUUUAUUUCAUUUAUUAUUAUUUUAGUGUGUAAUAAUAGUUAAACUUGAAUUUUUAUUUCUAUUUUUAAUCGUAGUAAUAAUAAUAAUAUUGUUAGUAAAUUAAUGAUAUUUAAAUUCCAUUAUUAAUAUUAAUAUUUUAACGUAUAUGACUUUUAUAGUGUUUUCAUCGUUACGUAAACCACUCACUGAACACAUUCUGCUAUAUUUGAUACAACAUUUUUUUUUUCAAUGAUUAUAUAGGUAAUAUUAAAAAUAUUUUUGUAGGUUGACUAAUUGAUUUACAAAAUUAAAAAUAUUUUAACGUGCAGUAUACGUGGUAUCCUAAA